AUGUCCGUGCAUAGAGCCGGAAGUUUUUAUGGUGUACCGCAUUCGACACUCGAAUACAAAGUCAAAGAGAGGAAUCUGAUGCGAUCGAAGAAUCGGCAAAAAUUACUCGAUGAUGGUCCUGUAGAUUUCGGAGGCAGUGAUAAUGGUGAGGGGCAAACUGUUCAGUCGUCUCGCUCCAGCUCGUCAGGGCCGGUAUCAUCACCAUUGUCUGCAGAAGCCAUCAGAAGUGAUGUUCGGCCACACACGGCUGCAGUUCAGUCUUAA